AGCCGAUUUGCGGCUGCCUAAACUAUUUACACGUGGGUGAAAUUUGCUAUUGAGCCAGUGAUUACGUCAGAGAGAACUCGAUUAGCUGAUGAUUAGCGGUUUCGAAUAACAUGUUGACACAUUAGUAAUAAUUUGAGUUUAAUCAUAGGCAAUUACAAAUCACAGUAUGAGAUGCAUAGUUAGGGCAAUAAUUAUGAUAUGCUGUUUAUCAACGGCGAGUAUUGCAUAUACACAGAAACAAUGUGAGCCGGAAGCCUAUUAUGAUCCUGGUCUAUUAGGAUGCCAGUCAUGUCCGGCCAAUUCUUCAAUGAUUACGUCACUAGACGGCUUUGGAUGUAGAUGUGAUGAGCACAGCGUACCAGAAGGGCCAGCGAAAUGUAAACCCUGCAAUGCCACUGAGCUGGUUUCAGCGGAUCGAAGCAUAUGUGUGCCCCGGCGAUGUCAGAAUGUAUCCGGUAGAUUCGUUUGUCGGAAAUGUCCUAGUGAUUAUAUUUCAGUGACACAAAACUUCGACGGAUCGCCGAUGAAGGAAGUUCAAUGCGUGAAGUGUGCCCGAGGUUACAAAGCCGAUAACAAUGUUUGCUUCAAAUGCGAAGGAUGCGCGUGCUCCAAGAAUGAGAUCGUGAUACGGGGGAUUUGUGUGCCGAAAACGUUCUUGAACACGAGACCGAAAUACGAAAAGACCUUGCUGCAUCCCAAAAAGAUUAUCGCGCGUGCCGUACUUUAGUCAACAUAUGUGUGAAGAAUUUCUAUUUAAACGACUUAGCGGGGCCGUGCCGGCUUUGGCUUCAAACUAAAUUACCAAUUAUAAAAGGUUUACCAGCCCUAAUAAUUGAAUCGUCCGAUGAAAAGCAAUCGUGGAAUACGGAUUUAUCCAGCGGGAAGAAUGAAAUUAAAAUAGCUGUGGCAGUUUAUACGAAAAGUGGUGGACUUAAAUUUCUGAGUGACAAGAACGUAAUUUCACCCUGUCAUUUACCGGUGAAGUUUAAAAUAGGCGAUGAUCUUUCAUUCGAUUGUUCCAUAAACAUUACAGACUUAACCUCAUCGAGUUUUAAUGAGACCUUAGCGCCUUUUAUCUCCUUCGAAGAUAAUUUCGAAGCAUUACCAGUGUCUUUGAAGAAACCCGAUGGCCAAUACGUUCAGAAACAAACAUGGCCGUCCUAUAAAUUUCGUAGAUAUUUCUUAGUACACAAAGAGCUCUCUGCCGUAUCUAAUACCAGCAAUGUAAUUUAUCUACGGACUUUGUACAUCCGUUUGAGGAUUGAAAAAGUCAAGCAUGCGACGGGCGGUCUCCGUUUGGAAAUUACCACGGAAACCGAAUAUGCCAACGCGAUGACUUCUAGUGCUACUUCGUCAUUGAAGAUUGAGCACCACAUGCCGGAUGCGGGUAUUUUUCGAGGACUAGAGAUAUGGGGUUUCGUCCUGGGCACAUUGACAUCCUUGUACGCUUUAGUACAAUGGCGGGGCGUGGUGCGUCGGGGCGCAUCCUAUGCCUCUGUGGUGCCAUUAGUAUCGGCGGCACUCGCUGACACAUUAUAUUUUUCUGCGUUAAUAUCGACGGUUCAUGCAUUAGCCGCAGAAGCCGGUACACUUCCACUUGUCUUACCGCUUUCUAAACGAGAGGAAUCUAUUAUUAAAAUGUUAAUAUAUUCAUCUGUUUCAUUAAAGGUAAUCAAAGUUGUUUGGGUGAAUUGGAAGCAGUGUCGAAGCGAUAUAUUCUUUUUGGAUUGGUCACUAUACAACUCUCCGUGGAGAGAUGAAGCCGUUGUUUAUAAAUCAGAGUACUGGAAGACAUCAUGUUUGGUUAGAGAAUGGAGCCUCAUGCAGACAAAGAGAAAAGCUCCACUGGGCUACACGAUUACUAUAACUCUACUGAUUCUCUACGUAUUAAAGCCGUGGAAAUCGUCUCUACCAAAAAGCGAUGGGUAUAAAUGGGCAGUUACUGCCAUAGCGUGGUGGUCUUCGUACUCAAUUGUUUUUCUCUUAAAAUGGGCUCUAAAUAAAGUAGCCGGUUCAGACGCAGAAGUCCUGCCGAAGAGUUGCACUGCACUGGAUGUGUCCGUGCUGGUUUUUGAGGAGGAAUACUAUGCUCAUUAUGUGCACGGAAGAAACGACGAAUCAAAAGAAAUGAGAACGCUGGCUGGUCCUCUUGCGAUUUGUCGGAUCGUUUGCUCUCCACAACUAAGGGCUGUCUACAAACAAUUAUCAACUGUGACUCCGGGCGCAGGUCUCGGAGUAGCCGAAACAAAGCAAAUAGUUCUAUCCAAAUUUCUAGCAGCUUUCAUAGAAAGGGCUUUAGAUGGUAUGAGUUGGGUUGCCAGCGAAAGAACGUUCCUAGAAAAACUUCUAGGAAUUGAACUAUCGACCCGGGAAACUGGUAGCACUAGUACUUUACUAUAUGAUGACAGUAAUACGCCUUCCUGCUUCGCUGUUACGUGGUGGGGUGAAGAAUGGACACUGUCAACAUUUGACGCGAUGUUCUACAGUUGUAUAUUUGUAGCGACCGAUGAAGAAAUAUUGGCGGCUUUAAUCACUCUUAUACUGUUCCAGCUAAUGAAGAUUGCGCGAUCGUGGUUCGGCAACAGAAACGUUGCACAGAAAUUAGAAAUUUAGUAAUAAAACAUUCUCGAAGAACAUUAAACUUGCGUCUAACGUGUUAGGAAAACGUUAUAAAUGGACUCGUUUGUUGUGCUCACGUUCCUUUUUUGUUACAUUAAUUGUGAUACAUCUAGUAGCGAUACAUCUAGUAGCGAUACAUCGAGUGAUUCGUCCGAUGAAACAUCGAGUGAUACGUCUGACGAUACAUCUCGCGAUACAUCAAAUGAUAACAAUUUCAAACAAGAUUUGAUAACCAAAGCAACAACAACAACAACGACCGACGUUUCCAUAACACCGUUUAAUGACGCCUCCACAAAUAUCGUCCAUCCGCUAGUAUCCGGGGAGACCAGUCGUUCAGAGGAGAUUUUAAUAUUCAACAACGUUCCUUUCAUCCCUUUAACGGUGACCACUCCAAUGACAACAGCAUUACCGAAAGGACCGUUCUACAAUUUUAUCACGGACAUCUGUGACGUAUUGCUAACGAAAUUCACGUCUCGUAGAAUCCCUAAAUACUUUAAAGUUUUAGACGAAAGCUUAAGGGGUCUCGGAACGGGUUACUUAAUGAAGAAGGCGAUCACAAGAUUCCGGGAAACAUUAAGAAAACUUUCGGAUUACCGGGGACGAAUUUUAAAAGUAAAAUUGAGAUAUUUACGAAAAAUCCUUCUUGAUUGUACGCCGAAUAUUUAUGAUUUUUUUCGAACUGUAAAUAAUAUUUAUAGUUUAGGGGAUACUAUGAAAAUCGAUAAAUACAUUUAUACUUUAAAGAAAUACGGCGAAGGGCUUUCAGAACACAUUGAGGAUGACACUAUACGCAUUAUGAGAGACAUAAUAUUCCACAGAUUCAAUAAACAAGAUGAUAGCAUUAAAAACGAUAUUCAGUUAAAAUUCAAAUUGGCAAUCAUAGAAUACAUGGAUGGAAAUAAAAAAAAGGUUUAAUGAAUUUCAAAUAGAGACGCCUCCUACAUUGAUGCUCGGAAAGCCGUAAAUGCAAACCGUGAAAUUAAAUUUACAUAUGAAUCAAAGAAGUCAAUUCAAAUUUAUGAGAUUCUCGUUCUUAAAAUUUGUAUCUAACAAAAAUUUCAAACGUGUUGAUGUGGUAAAAUACAUAGAACAAUAUGAAAGCAAAUAAAAAAUAAAUUAAUAUGAUAAAAAUUUAAAUGAAAUAUUGUUGUUACUACAUAAUUGUCAAAAUUAAGCAAAUUCGAUUAUGUAUCGAUAUUAAUAAAUUUGAAGGCUCAAAAUCGUAUGGUAUUUCUAUCGCUUCAUAGCGCUUAUAUUUAGUGCUAACAUACACAAUAUGUUACUGUCGGAGCUAUUUUACUGUUUAUCUGUACGUUCAUAGAUUUCUUGAAUUGAAAAUAAGCAAAAUAAAAAUUCAAAUAACU